CUGGAUUUAUUAGGGUGGAUGUUGUUUGAAACAAGAAUUCCAACAACGGUCAUCACGAAGUUGAUUUUCCUUGUCUGUGCUAUGCACAUGGGUAGAUACAGUAGACUGGACGAAAGAGCCUUUCUCAGCGGUUGCACAGUACGUGACCCAUAUUAAUGGGAUUCUAACAUUGAUAGCACUCCACGCCCGACCAUGGGAAACGUCUCAAGAGAAAAAUUCAACGCUGAACAACUCCCUUCUGUUGCGCGCACAUGUCUUUUUCCAAUCGCUUCUCACCUUGUCCCCUUUUUGGCCCUUGCGGCGCUGACCGUCGGCCACCGUGGUUCAAUGCUCGGGAGAAACCCAGAAUGAAUGAGAAGUAUCGCCGCCCAGUGAUGACGGGUGAGCACGUCAUGGGAAGUCUUCUUAUUGGACCUGUCUCUUGUCACGACCUUUUUUUUUUUCGCCCUCUCUAAAUCACAAAUUGAACAGUUCUUUCGGUUGGGCCUGAUGGUACUUUUGUUUUUCUUUCUUUUCAUUCCUACUGGCUCCGAUUCAGGAAGAACUGGGCCAAAGUACGCGAGGGAGGAGAGGGGGGAAUCCCAGAAACAAAGGAUUUACUUCAGCUGAGGCUGUCAAAUAUCUCCGACCGACUCCAUUCCAUCUACUCUGUACCUACCUCAUACAUAAGUAGCCUUCCUAUCCAUUUAUCUGGUGGAGGACUGAAACCG